ACCGGCUUCUUCCGGUAUGAUGGCGACCUGCUUCCCUCACUUCACUUUUCUUUGAUAAAAAGAGGUAGGAGAGAGAGUCGGUGCAGACGGCCGGAGCUUUGUGUGUGUUUGUGUAUAUGAGACUAUGCCGUUAUUAGUGUUAUUGCUGCUCUUCACUCUCGGCACUCGCUCCGGUGCUGUCGGUGAUCCUCAGCCGUGGAUGAACUACAGCUCUGUGACGCUGCCGGAGCUCCACAUCCCGUAUUUCCUGCACAGCAACACACAUGUGGCCAGAGUUUGCCGAGAUGACCCUCUCUGUCCGUUUAAAGAUGCUCUGACACAGAAGCAGUUGUGUUGGGGUUAUGAGAAGGGCUGUUCUCCUGAGCACAGGUUCAGCUUCCCGACCUGCUCCAGCGCCGACUCUGCAUGGGCUAGCUCAGUGCAGACGGCUCAGGAAAUCUUCUGGAAGCAGGCCGACUUUGGCUACGUUAAAGAGCGACUGAGCGAGAUGAAGACUCUUUGCACUCCUCUAACUCCGGGGGAAUCCUCUCUGAAGUGUACGAGACACAUGCGCUACUGCAGAGCCACAAACCUAUAUCUGGACCUCCGGAAGCCACGCAGGGGUCAUGAGAGGUUUAAUGAGGAUUUCUUGCAGAAGGGGGAGGUUGGGGGUCACUGCAGACUGAACAGUGGGGCGUUGAAGGCAGAAGGGCAGCACAAGAGCCCCCUGCAGUCCUGGUUCGCCGAGCUGCAGGCGUACACGGAGCUCGACUUCCAUCCCAUAGAAGACGGACACUGUGAUGUCAUCAUCGAGAAACCCACGGUCUUCAUGAAGCUGGAUGCAGGCGUGAACAUGUACCAUCACUUCUGCGAUUUUGUCAACCUGUACAUCUCUCAGCACCUCAACAACUCAUUCAGCAGAGACAUCAACAUCGUCAUGUGGGACACGAGUUUUUAUGGUUAUGGAGACCUGUUCAGCGAAACCUGGCAAGUUUUCUCCGAUUACGACAUCAUACACCUCAAAACCUACGACACAAAAAGGGUGUGUUUCAGGGACGCUUUUUUCUCACUUUUACCACGGAUGAGAUAUGGCCUGUUCUACAACACACCCCUGAUCUUAAACUGCCAAAGUGAAGGGAUGUUCAGAGCGUUUUCUCAGCAUGUCCUUCACCGACUCAACAUCCCACAGGAGGAACCCAAGGAGGACAGAAUCCGGGUCACGCUGCUGGCUCGGAGCACGGACUAUCGCAGGAUAUUAAACCAGCAGGAGCUCAUAAACGCCCUGAAGACUGUGGCUUUAUUUGAGGUCAAGCUGGUGGAUUACAAGUACAAAGAUAUGCCAUUCCUGGAGCAGAUCAGGGUGACCCAUAAUUCGGACAUCUUUAUCGGGAUGCACGGAGCUGGCCUCACUCACCUGCUCUUCCUCCCGGACUGGGCCGUCAUAUUUGAGCUCUAUAACUGUCAUGAUGAGAGCUGCUACCGCGAUCUGGCUCGGCUCCGGGGCGUUCACUACCUGACCUGGCAGAGAGCUGACAAAGUGUUCCCUCAGGAUAAGGGACACCACCCUACGCUCGGAGAUCACCCGAAAUUUACCAACUACACCUUCGACCGCGAGGAGUUCAUGCGCUUGGUCAUGCUGGCUGCAGAUCACGUGAGGAGACACCGGGCGUGGCGUUCCACACGGGGACGAGAUGAGCUGUAGCGCACAUACACACACACACACACACACACACACACACACACACACCACACACACACACGACUCAAACAUUUAAAGCAACACACUGUAAAAAGAGCUGUACUGCAAAGCACUGAUUCAGGAUCAGGUUAUUUUUUUUCCAUCCCAUAAUAAUACUGUGGACCUGUGAGCUGAUUUGAGAAAAAACUUAUUUAUUUUUACAUUUCAGAGCGAUAUCACUUAACGUGUUUGAAUAAUAAAAAAAAGAUGGUUGCUGUGGUCAGAACCCUUGAGAAAGGGUUCUAGAAAAUUCUCAGCUAAUAGAAAUCUGUUAUAUUUCUAUUAAGUCAUCUCAAGAUGGCAGAAAAGGCCGCGUAUAUAUAUAUAUAUAAUCAUGAACAGGGAAGAUGAACAAGUUCUCAUUUCCUCAGAUUAUGAUAAAUGAAAGACGUUUAUUUCUAUAAUAUUUCUAUAAUGUUUCGUCUCAUCUCACGUCCAAACAAUUUAAAGCUUGGGAAGAGACAAAAGAUUUAAAAAUAGACUUAAUCAUCAUAAUAAUAAUAAUAAUACUUUCUUAAUGAGAAAUAUUAUCCAAAUUCAUCUAGAUACAAGAUAUUUUGGAUGAGAUAUAUCAGUGUUUAAUUUCACAAAGAUCAUGAAUAUAAUAUGAUAUUUUAGAUAUAGAUCUCGAACACACACACACACACACACACACACACAGGUUUUUGUUAUAAUCUUUUGGGAAAGCUGCACUGAGGAUUCGAGUCCUUCUGUAUUAAUGUAACAGUUUCAUAUUUUGUGUUUGAGAUGUUGGGACAUUUUCCUACAGAGUAUUUCUUUGUUUUUGUUUUUGUUAUGUUUUAUUAUGUGCUCAGCUUUAAAUCUUCUCCGAACGAGGAAUAUUUUAACCGUGUAGUAUUGGGAAAUUUUUUUUUUUGCUGUUUUGUAAUCUAUGAUAGAUAUUUCAUCAGGAUCUGCAGAGGAAAUAUCAGCCUGUGAGUGUGGUUUAGGCCCUGAGAAUGGGAGUGUGUAUUUAUCUUGUUAUUAUUGUGCUCUUGGGUUUGCAUGCACGAGUGUGUGUGUGUGUGCAUCAAGCUGGGUGAUUUUGUAUUUGAACAGAUCGAAUGUCAUGUCAUAGAUUUAUAAUAUUUAUUGUUCAGUAGCUCACACAUGCAGAUGUUCUCAAACAAUGUCAGUUUCAGCCUGAAAAGACGAAAGGUUUACAGGUUUAAUGCUUAGUUUACGAAAAAUAAAUCAUGCGUGUUACACAGAAAUACACUACAUUGCCAAAAGUUUUGGGACACCCCUCCAAAUCAUUGAAUUCAGGGGUUGGGCUUGGCCCCUUAGUUCCAGUGAAAGGAACUCUUAAUGCUUCAGCUUCAUACCAAGACACUGUGGACAAUUUCAUGCUCUUUGUGGGAACAGUUUGGGGAUGACCCCUUCCUGUUCCAACAUGACUGCACACCAGUGACCAAAGCAAGGUCCAUAAAGACAUGGAUGAGUGAGUUUGGUGUGGAGGAACUUGGUCCUGACCUCAACCCCAUAGAACACCUUUGGGAUGAAUUAGAGUGGAGACUGAGAGCCAGACCUUCUCGUCCAACAUCAGUGCCUGACCUCACAAAUGUGCUUCUAGAGGAACGGUCAAAAAUUCCCAUAAACACACUCCUAAACUUUGUGGAAAGCCUCCCCAGAAGAGUUGAAGCUGUUAUAGCUGCAAAGGGCGGGACAAGUCCAUAUUAUAUUCAUGUGCAUGUAAACGCAGACGUCCCAAAACCUUUGGCAACAUGUGUAUGUUUGAGAAACGACUUGCCUUUCUAGACAUUUUGUCUUAACUCCCUGGACAUUAAGUUUCGAAAUAAUCUGAUCAGUAACAGAAAACGAUUUCAAGCAGGAAAUCAGACCAAAUGUCUAAUUAAAGCUUGAACAAUCUUCGAUCAUCAUCUAGCUCUGUUCUCAAACACGCCGUUUAUAAGCAAACUAAACAAAUGAUGGACUUUAUCGCUUCUGACUGAAGAAGGUUUGACUGAAAAAUUGACGAGGGUUCUACAGAAUUCAUCCCUCAGACUUCCAUUACACUAUCUUAUAUCUUUAACCGUCACUAAGUAGAAGAAAUAUAGCAAAGAAAAAUAUCUUGAAUAUUGAAAAAUUCAGCUAAUAUUUCUCUUAGUUUGUUUCGAACCUAAAGAAAUCGUCUUAUUGUAUUAGUAGAUCAUUUGAAGCAUUUGUUUUGAGAAAGAAGUUCUGCUGAUAGAAUUUGCUUGAAAUGAAUGUAGGCUCAAUGGAGGCAUGUGUGAUGAAAUAAUCUCGUAAUGGGAAAGUCGUAAAAAUCUCUUCACUCAGUAAGAUCCUUAUUUACAGUGAAGACAUUGGGAUAAAAUUCAUGCUGUUUUAUUUCCUUUGUACUUUUUGUAGCUUUUACCUGGAAAAGUGCAAAUUCAUCCAGAAUAAUUUCAUAACUUUCAUGAUGUACCUUCAGUGAGCUUUUAAAACUACGCUCUGUUCACCUUCUUAAUGAAAAGAUACACAAGGAAGGUACAAAGCUUCAGCGACAAGGAAAAGUACACUAGAGUGCUGUUAUUUCUGAGAUCGUAGACGAUGGAGAUGGUGUUGUAAAAAUGUUUGGAGUAUUAUGUUAAAUCCCUGCUGAGGAGCUGGAUUCAGAGGGACGUGUGCUGCUUUGGCGAUCGACUCUCGAAUGCAGUCCCUGCAUUUUUAAGCGUGUCAGUAUUUCUGAAGAAUGAAUGUAACUUGGAAACCUUUUGUUUUUGCAAAUUGUGCAUAUGACUGUGUUUAAAACUUGAAAUG